GCGUCUAGAAAACUUGGUUUUCCAAUUCUUUAUGGGGAUGGAUCACGUCCAGCAGUUUUGCAAUCUGCUGGUAUCUCUUGCCCAAAAGCUGUCAUGGUUAUGUACACUGCAAGAAAUAAAACAACUGAGGCAGUUCAAAGCCUUCGACUUGCUUUCCCUGCGGUCCCAAUUUAUGCCAGAGCUCUAGAUCUCAAGCACCUUUUAGAUCUGAAGAAAGCGGGUGCAACAGAUGCUAUUCUGGAAAGUGCAGAGACAAGUUUGCAGCUGGGCUCUAAGCUUUUGAAAGGGUUUGGAGUUAUGUCUGAUGAUGUGAACUUUCUCCGUCAGCUCAUUCGUGAUUCAAUGGAGCUGCAAGCUCAAGAAGGA